GGAACGCAGCCACCGCACAGACGACACACUUGCAAACCUGUCUCCCAUACCAGGCAUAGCUCGAGAGACCUCCGCUGCCGCACGCAGACGCAGCGCCAGAUCGAGCCGCGCGCGGCCGGCAUGGGCGUCCUGCGGAGCACGCACGGCAUGCAGGCCGAGUUGGAGGAGAUGCGCUCCGCGCUGCUCCACGGGGUCGCGCCCGGGUGGCGGCCCACCGGCGACGCGAGGGCCGUCAAGCGCGCGGUCGGCGGGCCGGAGGGCGGCGCAGGAGGCCGCACCGUCUGCGUGACCGGCGGCAUAUCGUUCGUCGGGUUCGCCGUCGUCGACCGACUCCUCCGCAACGGCUACACCGUGCGCCUCGCCCUCGAGACACAAGAGGACCUUGACAAGCUGAGGGAGAUGGAGAUGUUCGGCGAGGACGGGAGGGAUGGGGUGUGGACGGUGAUGGCAAACAUGAUGGAACCCGAAAGCUUGAACCGGGCAUUCGACGGCUGCACUGGCGUGUUCCACACCUCGGCUUUUGUGGAUCCGGGGGGCAUGUCCGGCUACACGAAACAUAUGGCGGCCUUGGAAGCCCAAGCGGCGGAGCGGGUGAUCGAAGCGUGCGUGAGGACGGAGUCCGUCAGGAAGUGCGUGUUCACCUCGUCGCUGCUAGCAUGCGUGUGGAGGGAAAGCCACCCUCAUGACACACGGGGUCCUAGCAUCAUCGACGAGAACUGCUGGAGCGACGAGACCUUCUGCCGCGACAAUAAGUUGUGGUUCGCAUAUGGCAAGACGGCAGCGGAGAAGGCGGCUUGGAGGGCGGCCCGGGGAAGAGACCUCAAGCUCGUGACCGUCUGCCCUGCCCUGGUCACCGGGCCGGGGUUCCGCCGGCGCAACUCCACCGCAUCCAUCGCGUACCUCAAAGGAUCUCAAGCCAUGCUCGCCGGAGGCGUCCUGGCGACGGUGAACGUAGAGACCGUCGCCGAGGCCCACCUCCGGGCGUACGAGGCCAUGGGCAACAACGCGGCCGGCGGGCGGUACAUCUGCUAUGACCGCGUGAUCCGGCGAGCCGAGGAGUUCGCGGAGCUAGAGCGGCAGCUGGGGAUGCCUGACAGAGCAGCGACCGUGCAGAACGUCGACGACAGGCCGGCGAGGUUCGAGCUCUGCAAACGGAAGCUGGGGAGGCUGAUGUCGUCCAGGAGGAGGUGCACAUACGAGGACUAUUACCCUAUGAUCAGGUUCGAGUAGGUUGCUAUAACAAGGCUGGCUGAUGGGGGAUUAAUUUGAAGGCAGUUCAAUGGGUUCGACUAAGUUCGAUCUACUUCUACCGCUGCACAUAACGUCGCGCAAGGAACAAAGAAUGAAAAACGGACUGCCCCGAGUGGCGCAUGCUGCUUCAUCCGGUCAAAGACAGAAUCGAAGGGAUGGGAAGGAGAGUAGUGCUAGUUUGUGGAUGGAAGGAGCACAUACCUUGAGUGUGGUCGAGUGCCAUCAUGUUGUGGAUAGUGCUAGUGCGAUCUUGUAGGUUAUUUGAGCUUCAUUAAAGUUGGGCCAUGUUUCUUCUGUUAUUCCGUUCUCCAGCAAUCCAAACUCGAUUCCCAGGGAAGCAAAUCCAUUCUGUUUUUUCUUUGUCA